AUGGCAUCACCACUGUCUCCUACGCCAAGCGCCAUGCUAAAUAUCGCUACGCCGACCGCGACCCACCGCGUCGAUAACGGCGACGCCAACCACUCCACCGAGCAAAACGAGAAUGUCACAGAAUCAUCCGACGCCAACGACCCCCAGAGCUCUCCCUUUGUAUCAGACACGCAAGAGCCCAAGGUCGACAGUUCCGUCAAGGAGAAUGUGUCACCGUCCAAGAUCCGACACUCGAGAAUCCUGUCUGGCAACGAGAUUGCACCCCUGCGCAUCUUGAGUCCGAGAGACGAGAACUUUGACGCAGAGUCAAGACCGAGGUCCCCAACGCGGCAAGACAGCGUCCACAAGAGCCCGCGCAAGAUGUCUCCCGACAAGCGCUUCCCUGUCAAGAUCGCGUCCGGCAGUUCAUCCCCUGAGAGGCCACCGCCAAAAUCCCCCGAGAAGUCUCCCGAAAAGUCUCCCGAGAAGUUGCCUGAAAAGCCCGUCGUGAUUGAGCAGGAGAUUUCACUGGAAGAGGCCCUGAAGGCCAACGAGGGACUGAAGAAGGCCAUCCAGAUCUUCGAGGAUGAAUCCUCCAUGCUGGAGAAUGGGGAAGACGACGUCGACGCCACAUCCAUGACCAUCGACCAUCAACACAUGGACGUCGACGACGAGCCUGCCGACCACAACACAUCUUUGGUCAGCACCUUCAGCACCUUCUCUGCUGUUCCCAACAUGACCAUGUUCGCGCGCAUUGGCCACAGCCCUACCAGAUUUGCCAACACUGGCUCGACUCCUUCAACCAAGCGAGCCAGACCUGACCCGUCGCCUUCACGUACACCGCGGGCCUUGGCCAUGCAAGAUGCUGGGAACACAACGAGUCUGAUGGAUUUCACUGAUCAACUCUCUGGCUUUACAUCAAACUCCCACGGCCCGCCAUCACCCUCGAGAAGGGCACGUUUAUCCCCGGCCAAGACUACUGGCCACAGACCCAGCAAUACACCCCAGCGCCACGGCAACCUACUUGACUUUGACAUUCCUCCUUUGCCUACCCCACGCAGCGUCCCCACUGUAACCGCACGCGAGGUUGAAACCCUCAAGUCACAAUUCUUGUCCGAGAUUAGUGGCCUCAAGGCCUCGCUCCUGGGUAAGGAGGCCGAGGUCAACUCCCUGAAGACAGCUGUCACCGAUGCCGAAAAGCGUGUCGCUCAGUCUGCGGAGCAGCUUCGCGAGACUCAAUGUGCCAAGGACAGCUUGGCAGAGGAGAAGGAGUCGUGGGAGAAACGUUGUCAAGAUAUGGAGGGCGUGCUUCGUAGAGUGAAGAGCGAGAUCCAUGUCGGACGGCGGGAACGGGAGGAGCUUGAAUCGAAGCUCGACGAGAGUGAGAAGCGCCGCGAGGCUGCUGAGAUCAUGGCGCAGGAGGCUGAGUCCAAGAUGGCCGGUAUGCGUGCUGGUAAGAAUAGUUCGGACGCCGCUGCCGAGGGAGGUAACUCCCAGUCACCCAGCAAGGACGGCAAGGCCCCCGGCUCGCGCGAGGUCGAGAUCGCUGUGGAGAGAGUUGCCAGAGAACUCCACGCCGCGUACAAGAGCAAGCAUGAGACCAAGGUCACAGCACUCAAGCAAAGCUACCAGAACCGAUGGGAGAAGAGGGUUCGAGCUCUGGAGGCCAAGAUCGAGGAACUCAAUGAAGACAACGAAAAGCUGAAGCUCGGCCGCGACGCUACCAUUACAAAGGUCGAUCCCGCUCAGAUUGAAGCCAACGAGGCGCUCCAGGCACAGGGCGCGAAGGACUCCGCCCACAUCAAGCAAUUGGACGCUGAGGUCCAGAAGCUCGGCGCUGUGAUCAACAGUGUCAAGCAAGACAAUCAGGAGUUGAUCCAGCUGCUAGAGAAGGAGCGUAUCGAGAAGGGAGAGCUAGUUCAGCUGGCUGAAGAGAUGAUGUCGAUGCAGCACAGCUUUGUUCAGCAGCCGGACCCGCCAGCUCGGUCGCCUACCCGGUCGCCCGCCCGGUCGCCUGCGCGGCCUAGUACAACGCCCAAGAAGACCCCCGGGCCCACCACCACCACCUUCCGAAGCAGCAUCAGUCGGCCGGCCGUAUCCGGACUUCGCGCACCUGGCUCCAUGAAGAAGCCAAACACCGAAAGUCGGAUCGGCGGCUUGGGCCACCAGCGUACCAAGAGCGGAGGCCUCGCCCGGCCUGUAGCUGGCUUGGGAGCGCGGAGUGGUAUCAUGUCCUCGAUUGAGAAGAUGGGGAGCUAUAGGGGCCGAGGAGAGUAG